AUGGCAGCCCAAGGAGCAUAUAUCGACACUUGUAAUUCUACUGAUUCAUCAUCCAUGGAUGCCUCGUUCAAGUCUGCUGGUCAGUUUAAUUUGAAUACAGCUCCAUUGACUCAAAGUCAAAGCGGAGGGAAUAGCGUAAAUGAUCAUAAUGCAGAGAAACGAGCUACUCAUAAUGCAGUGGAGCGUGCCCGUAGGGAAUCACUCAACUAUCGCUUUCAAGAACUCGCCGGUGUUAUUCCCUCUUUGAACUCUGUUCGCAAGCCAUCCAAAACUGUUAUUAUUCAACGCUCACUUGAACAUGUACAUGAGCUCCGUCGACGCAUUGAAAUCAAAGACCGCACCUUGGCCAUGUUUCGUCAACAGAUUUCAGAACUCAAAAGUGAAAUCAAUAAAACUCGUGUCCAUAAUGGCUUUGCUCCAUUAACCAUUGACAUUCCGGACGAAGACCAGCUUAUGGAAUCUGCCCUUCUGGAACGGGAUACUCAGCAGCGCCAAAAAAAGCGCCAUCAAAAAUUUUUUACUGCAGGUGGUCUGCCCAUUCUAACCCGCAAUACAUCCAUCAGCUCAGAUGUCAUGCUUAACGAAUUCCAAAACAUAGAUGAUGAGGAAGAAGACGACCAGGACAGCAUGUAUAUAUCCUCUUCCAUACCAUCUGGUUUAUCUUAUAUUAAAGAAGCGGAGAUGGGCACUUUUUCGCCCUUUGAUCCCAACUCUUUUGAGCAUAUGCAAGCAUCUAGGCAGAUGCGAUCUUCGGUGGGGGGCGAUACCCAAAUGUUUCGAUCCAACGCCAAUCAAUCGACCGACGGAAUUGCCUUUUCCCAUUCUCUACCAUUUAACCGUCCGUUCCGUGCCGGCUCUCUUGUCAUUGAUGGUCAUGGCAGUCAGCAAUCCUCCUCAGGUAUUCCUGGGGUCACUAGUCCAAUGACCAUGUCUGUUCCAGGUGCCAUGCCACCCAUGACACCGUCUCCACUCCAUAUCACAGGAUUUGAUCACAUUGGCACAAACGCAGCGGCAGCAGUAGCCAUGCAUUUUCAGCAAACCGGGUUUCAUCCAGCUAGUAACGGGAUUGCUUCAUCUUCUACACCUCCAUCAGGAAAUUUUAUGGGAAAUAUGAUAUCAAAGGUUGAUUUAUCACAACGUCCCUCGUGGAUAAACACUCAACCUACGGACAAUCUGACGACACGAAAGAAUAAUUUUGAAGAGUCAAUGUUAACCCAGCUACUCCAUAGCUCGGACAUGACUCAGCAGCAGCAACAACAACAACAACAGCAGAUGCAAUCGGGACAAGGGAAUAUGUUGCAUAGUCAGCAACAUCAUCACUCGCAACAUUCGCCUCAACAUCUGCAACAAUCACAGUUUCAGUACCCUAUUCAGCAAGCCUAUUCCCAGUCACCCUAUCAACAACCACAACAGCCUCAGCAUUUUCAGUCAAAACAUCCAUUAGCACAGCAACACUAAUGGAUUCAUAUUGUAACUGAGUUUAAUCCUGUCUAUAAACCUUAACUUGGUUACAUUUCCUUUACUGCUGGUCUAACUCGGUUUAGUUUAUAGACAUUGUUUCAGCACACACCUACACUUGAAUCCCCCGCCUCGCGGCCUUGUGCGUAUCGCUAAUCUUGUAUUCACAUGUCUUUUGAUAGUAUAUGCAAUACUAUAUAUAAGCUCCCAUAGACACUGUAAUCUCAUCUUUAUAUUCUUUUUUGGAUCAUAGUGCAAAAUACG